AUGGCUGCUCUGCUCCGUCUCGCCGUUCUGCUCCCCCUCGUCGCCGCCCUCCCUACCUCCCCCCUCUCGGCGCGCGCAACCCCCCACGAACCGGCCUUUUUCUCCUGGAACGCCGGGGCCGUCACCUCCUACCCCAUCCACUCGAGCUGCAAUACCACGCAGCGCCGGCAGAUCGAGGCCGGCCUCGACGAGGCGAUCGCCCUAGCCGAGCACGCAAAGGCGCAUAUCCUCCGCUGGGGCAACGAGAGCGACAUCUACCGGAAGUACUUUGGCGGCCGGCCCAGCAUGGAGGCCAUCGGCGCCUACGAUGUCGUCCUGAACGGUGACAAGGGGAACGUCCUCUUCCGGUGUGAUAAUCCCGACGGGAACUGUGCUCUGGAAGGCUGGGGCGGCCACUGGCGCGGCGAGAACGCCACCGACGAGACCGUCAUCUGCGACCGGAGCUACACCACCCGCCGCUCGCUGCUCACCAUGUGCGCGCAGGGCUACACGGUCUCCGGGUCGGAGACGAAUACCUUCUGGGCGGCGGAUCUGCUGCACCGGCUGUACCAUAUGCCUGCUGUUGGGCAGGGGUGGAUCGAGCACUUUGCCGACGGCUACGAGGAGGUGCUUGACCUGGCCAAGGGGGAUGGGACGGAGCCCACGCAUGACUCGGAGACGCUGCAGUAUUUUGCGCUGGAGGCUUAUGCGUUUGAUGUUGCUGUGCCUGGUGUGGGAUGUCCCGGCGAGAGUCACGAUCAUGAGCAUGAGAGUGAGGCUGGGGCUGGGGCCACAGCGACGGCGACGGCUACAGCCACGGCGGCACAAACUGCCAGUGUCACUUCGGAGGUGCCAGCGGUGGAGAACUCCAUUGCACUUAGCCGUCGGCGCCGUAUGCUUGAUGACCGUAUUGUUCUGAGGGAUUCGCACAAUGCCCCCGUCAUGAACAAACUGCCAUCGGCCAACAUGUACACCGUUGCGCCUUGA